GAAUACAGUUACCACUAACCUCGAUUUAUCUUCCCCAUGAUUCGCUUCUUUCCUUUCUCCACUGCAUAUGCUUAAGCUUUUUUCCUUCUCUAAUGGCUUCUCUCGCGCCUAAACUUUUUCCCUCGCUUUGAAACCCUCCAUUUCAUCUUCCCCACUACGGCGGCGCCUACGAUGCUGCUACCUGACCCUGCAGCUGGCCACGGUGGCUCUGUGGUGGUCGUCGGGGUCAGAAUGGAACUCCAGAGUCGGGAAUUGCUCACUUGGGCGCUUGUUAAGGUUGCUCAGCCUGGCGAUUGCGUCAUUGCUCUUCAUGUCCUUGAUUCUGCCGCUGUUGAUGAAGGGAAGUUGACUCUGCUCUCUCUUGUGAAGUCGUUUGACUCUAUGUUGUCCGCUUAUGAAGGAUUCUGCAACCUGAAGCAGGUUGAUUUGAAGCUCAAAGUCUGCCGAGGAUCGCCGGUCCGGAAAAUCAUUAGACGGGAAGUGGAUUCGUACGGUGAGGCUUCUCUAAUUCUCGGUACUUCUAAAUCUCACCAUAGAAUCCGUUCGUCGGCCUCGGUUGCUAAGUACUGCGCUAGAAAAUUGCCGAGCAGAUUCAGUGUUUUAGCAGUUAAUAGUGGCAAAGUCAUUUUCCAGAGAUUAGCGACUUUCUCAACUAAAGGCCAGUCUCGAGCAGACAAGGAUAGGGACAAGAAUUGUGCUGCCAUUGUAGAAGUAGCUAAUGAAGCAAAAGCUGAUGGGUUAGCUACAAACUUUAUCGACAGUCAUAUUUGUUUACAGAAAUCUGACUCUGGUUGUAAUGAUAAAAUGGAGAGGGACUCCGUUGAGGGCACUCCAUCUUCACUUGAACGGAAUGAUUCCGGGACUGAUUUGGUUGAUGAGUUACCUGAGGACAAUGCUGUGGGGAAUUCACUGGCUAUAGUACCAUUUCAUAAGCCUCAGGGAUCGUUGAAGUCGAAUUCCAUUGUGAGUCGAGAAUCAUCACAUUGGAAAUCGAGUUGGCCGCUUCUACGACGUAUAUUUUUGUCCAAGCAGCAUGUAGAGAAAUCUUCAAAGAAGUUUUCUAUGUUCCAAGGCAUAUUGCACGUUUCAAACAUCCAGUCGUCGUCCUCGGCCUUGGUUUAUCCAGAUCAGAAACAGAACAGUUCUGAUCAGGAUCAGGGUUCCACCAUUGAUAGGGAGUGUGGUGCAAUUGUGCCAUAUGGGUCCGGCUACAUUUUGGGAAGCCUUCCUAAAGAGGUAUUGGAUUUGAAGGAUAAGUACUCAUCCACCUGCAGAUUGUUUACUUAUGAGGAACUUUUGUCAGCAACGUCUAAUUUUAUGCCUGAGAAUAUGGUUGGUAAAGGAGGUAGUAGCUAUGUUUACCGAGGGCUUCUUCCUGAUGGCAAGGAAAUUGCUGUCAAAGUUUUGAAGCCAUCUGAGAAUGUUCUUAAGGAAUUUGUUCAGGAAGUUGGGAUCAUUGCGACAUCAACUCAUAAGAAUGUUAUAUCUUUAAUGGGUUUUUGUUUGGAGGACAAUAAUUUACUGUUGGUCUACGGUUUUCUUUCAAGAGGAAGUUUGGAAGAGAAUCUUCACGGUUGUAAGAAGGAUGUGAAUUCAUUUGGUUGGCAAGAGAGGUUUAAGGUUGCUGUUGGUGUUGCUGAGGCACUAGAUUAUUUACAUAAUUGCAGGGAGGAACCUGUGAUACACAGGGAUGUGAAAUCCUCUAACAUUCUGCUUUCUGAGAAUUUCGAACCUCAGCUUUCCGAUUUUGGGCUUGCUAGUUGGGCAUCCUUGUGCUUUCAAAUCACUUGUACUGACGUAGCUGGAACGUUUGGUUACUUGGCUCCUGAGUAUUUCAUGCAUGGCAAAGUGAGUGACAAAAUCGACGUUUACGCAUUCGGUGUGGUACUCCUUGAACUACUUUCAGGUAGAAAACCAAUCACCGACAAUUGUCCCAAGGGGCAGGAGAGCCUUGUCAUGUGGGCAAAACCAAUUUUGAAGGAAAUCAAAGUUUCAGAAUUACUAGAUCCAAGCCUAGGCAGUGACUACAACGACGAUCAAAUAGGUCGAAUGAUUUUGGCUGCUACUCUUUGCAUUAGACGAGCACCGAGACUCCGUCCUCAAAUCAGCCUGGUCUUGAAACUUCUCCAAGGGGAUGAGGAAAUAACAACAUGGGCAAGACAACAAAUCGAUGAAUGCGACGAAUUCGAUGCGAGUGAUGGAGAACCUCUACCUACUAACAUUCAAUCACACCUUAACCUGGCCUUGCUUGGCUUGGAAGAUGACUCACUUUCUAUUGGCAGUGGAAUUCAAACCAUCUCCAUAGAGGACUACUUGCAGGGCAGAUGCAGCAGCCGCUCUUCAAGCUUUAACUGAAAUCGCUCACUCUCAAUCAAAUCAGCCAAAUUUUAGGUAUUAACAUCUUCCUCCAACUUCCUUUUUCUUCCAUAGCUUUGAAGGGCUUUUUCUUUUAAUCUUUGUACUGAUUGAGAUUGAAUAGCUGUUCAUAGAAAAUUGUGGGUUUGAAUUAAAGGAGAUGAUGUGAGAGGCCCCUGCAGAUAUCAAGGUACUUAUUUCUGAAUUUAUUGUGAAGUUCUCUGCUGAUCUACUUUGAAAAGUUCAAAAAUUAUCCCUUGGGGUCUCCUUUUCUUCUUUCAGUAGGUUUCAGCUUUAUGAGAACCAAUGAAAAGGAAACAAAUGGGUGGCUGUGUUUUACUUUUUAGUCAAAAAAGUGAGUGAAAGUGCACAAAGUCUAGGUUUUUAAUUUUAAUUUUCUAGGAAAGUUCAAAAGUGCCCAAGUUUUGACGUAGAAUUGUGCAUAUUCUCUUGGAGAAUGGGCAUAUUUUGUUUUCUUCUUUUAACGAUGCAUUCACGUAGAGAUGUCCCG